AUGGAUCAUUGUGAGGAGAGCGAGGGACGAGAUCCUCCGUCUAAAACCACUUUGUGUGAGGACCAUGAUGCUCAGAGGUGACAUGAGAAUUUCAAUCUGAUAAUGACUUUUCUUCAGACUCUCCACCUUCAAACUCACACUGACAUCUCUGUGUGCCGGAUCUUAAAGCCUCCAGCUACCACAGAGACCAGAGUCUCCUGGUCCUGGUCCUGGUCCUGGUCCUGGCCGUGUGUCCAUGAAGAGUGAUCGGUCCAUGUUCGAACCUUAUGACUUCAAGAAUGAACGUCUCUCUGCCAAAGAAAGGUUCGACUCCUCACCGUUAAUCUACAAGAAAAUAAUUUUUAAAAUGUCUAAAAAAUUCUCUCUCUCAUUAUUUUGGUAUUUAACAAAUAAAAAUAAUUUUGGAAAUCCUAAUUGACCAAAAACAGGAAAAGUUUAAUCUGAUUUAAUGUUAGAUGGUGAGGAAAAAAAAGGUUAUGUUCCUUUUUAUAUAGUGUCUGUAAACUUCUGGUUUCAACUGUAUAACGAAUGACUGAUCAAAAACAGGAGGGAAAAAACAAAGAAGUACAACGAGACGAAUUAGUAAGGAUUAAAUUCUUCAAAAUAAAACAGGAAACACUGAGAACUGAAGUAAGAAACCAAACAUGAGGUCAACAGGAAUCUAAGCAUCAUGAACACAGAGCAGUCACAAGAGAAAAAUGAUCCUUGAAAUAUAAAAAAAUAUAAAAGAGGAUAGAGAGAAGAUGAUAGAGGGAAGUACACUGAACAUUGUCUUCAACCAGGAUACUUCAGGAUUUAAAGGUAUAAAAGCCGGUGACCCUGAGACAGAGUUGUUGUUCUUUUGAAAGGCAGCAGUCUUCUGUACUAAAGAUCAGGAUGAACAUUUCACUGCUCGUAUGUGAACGCUUCAGUACAGUAAUCCAUCCCUUAACUGAAGAACACGGGAUUAAAAGAGUGAUAAACUAACUCUCCUGUUUCCAGCCGUGUGUCCAUGAAGAGUGAUCGGUCCAUGUUCGAACCUUACGACUUCAAGAAUGAACGUCUCUCUGCUGAUAAUAGGUAAGACUUCUACAUUUUUUCAGACGGUUCUUGGCUGUUCGAGACAAAAAACUGUUUCUAGGACCAGAAACUGAGACUUUAAUUCUAAAAGGUAGGAACAGGUUCACCAUACAGGGACAGGAUCGGCCAAUACACAAACCCAAGUAUCAGGAUUACUUUCAGGAACAAUCGUCAUUUUCAGUUUCAAUAUUUCACAUGUUGACUUUGCACUCAAGAAAUUUAUGUUCCAACAUUUUACGGUGUCCUAGCUUUCUCACAUUAGAGUUAAAAGAACAGACAAUGUGCAGGUAUAUUUAGUAAUGAUGACAAUAAUUCAGAUUCAUAGAAACAGGAUAUGAUGUUGUUGUCCAAAGUGCCGUGGACUCUGCUUGGCAGGGACGUCCUUCUCCUUGAGCCACGCUUGCGCCUGAAUGGGAUGGGAUACCUUUGAAUGGGAUUGAUGAUGACACUUGAAGCACCGCUGUAGGGUGUUCAGAUGAGUGAUGGCAUCCUUCAGGUCAUCAGGUGGGCGCCCGUCUUCUUCGGUGGUUCGUUGAACCACCGUCCCAGGCUGACUCCCUAGAUGCCAUCAACUCACCCGCAGACCCACGUGGAGUCCUGUCUCUUUAACCACACCCACUGGCUCCCCUUUUCAGUGGCCCUGGAGAGGUCCUUGACUGCCUGCCGGUGUGCCUUCCCUCCCUCGCACGCCCAUCUCUCUGAGUAGCCCAGUUGUUGAGGUGGCUACAAACCCUCUGCAGCGUACUUCCACUGAGGAGACCUUAGCUUUCCAGCCUUGUUGUUGAGCAUCUGCUGCGAGUUUGGCGUACCACAGCUUCUUCCGCUCAUAGGCCUCCUCCACUGCACCCUCCCAGGGUUAGUGAGCUCGAUGGUGUAGACGAGUUUGAGUGAGGCUGACCACAAAACAAGGUCUGGUCGCAGGUUGGUGGAUGUGAUCUCAGCUGGGAAGCAGAGUUUCGUGUCCAGGUCUGCCAGGAUCUUCCAGUCCCGUGCUCCACCCAGCUGCCCAUUGUCUGGUCUUGCGGUGGUGAGGCUAGCUUGAGCCUUGCCCUCCCAAACAAAUGGUGAUGGCUUCCAACAGGAUGAUGGGGUAGGAAGGGAGUUGACACUUGUUCUGCGACUUUCCAGCACUGCUGCAAGACACUUUAACACCCGGUUGUGCCGCCAGGUGUAGCAGCCUUGGGUUAGGCUGGUCUUGCAUCCCAUUAAACUGUGCUUCAGUGUUACUGGACUUGGACAUAGAGGGCAUGUGGGGUCUUCGCCAUACCACUGGCUUAGGUUUGCAGGAGAAGGUAGGACAUUGUAGGCAGCCCUGAUGGUAAAGCUCGCUCUGAAUGCCUCCAUCUCCCUUCUUUUUGUUGAAUGAUCUCAGUGUGUAAAGCAUUGGUGAACUGUAUCAGUGAGGGGAAAGUGAGCUCUCUGCCCCUCUCCACAGAGCUCCAGAGCAAGAGUCAGAGGUUCCUGGUGGUCAGCAUCUAACAGACUUGGAUCCCAUAUUUAAGGUGAGAAGAUCUCCACAACAACGUUGGUGUGAGUUCAACAAACUGAUAUUAAUGCUGUUUUCUGUUUUCAGCAUCUUCGGGGGAACGUUGAUGACUUUGUGACGGAAGAGCUGGAACAGUUUCAGAUGGCGCUGAGACCAAAUUAUUCACAGUGCUUGGAUUUGGAGAAAGAGGGUGAGGAUGAGGAGCAAAGGAGGAGCAGAGAGGCAUUUCUGAAGAUCGUGGUGCACAUGCUCAGGAAAAUGAAGCAUGGAGAUCUGGCUGACGCACUUCAGAGCCGUAAGAUUGGUUUGAAUACUCCUGUUUGAUUGAGUUGUUGCUUUUGUCCAAAGCCACUUCCUACAUGUUCUCCAUUGAAAUCCUCAGGAACGCCUGCUGCAGGAUGUCAACGCCAACUCAAAUCCAGCCUGAGGGAGAAGUUCCAGUUUGUGUUUGAGGGGAUUGCUAGAGCCGGAUGCCCAACCCGCCUGGAUCAGAUCUACACAGACCUCUACAUCACAGAGGGAGAGACUGGGGGGGUCAAUGAUGAACACGAGGUCCGACAGAUUGAAACGGCAUCCAGGAAACCAGACCGACCAGAAACAACCAUCAGACAUCAAGAUAUCUUCAAAGGCUCACCUGGAAGACAGGAACCAAUCAGAACAGUGAUGACAAAGGGAGUGGCUGGCAUCGGGAAAACCGUCUUAACACAGAAGUGGACUCUGGACUGGGCUGAAGACAAAGACAACCAGGACGUCCACUUCACAUUUCCAUUCACCUUCAGAGAGCUGAAUGUGCUGAAAGAGAAGAAGUUCAGCUUGGUGGGACUUGUUCAUCACUUCUUCUCUCAAACCAAAGAAGCAGGAAUCUGCAGCUUUCAACACUUCAGGGUCGUGUUCAUCUUUGACGGUCUGGAUGAGUGUCGACUUCCUCUGGACUUCCACAACAAUCAGGUCUUGACUGAUGUUACAGAGUCCAGCUCAGUGGAUGUGCUGCUGACAAACCUCAUCAGGGGGAACCUGCUUCCCUCUGCUUGCCUCUGGAUAACCACAAGACCUGCAGCAGCCAAUCAGAUCCCUCCUGAGUGUGUUGACAUGGUGACAGAGAUCAGAGGGUUCACUGACCCUCAGAAGGAGGAGUACUUCAGGAAGAGGUUCAGAGAUGAGGAGCAGGCCAGCAGAAUCAUCUCCCACAUCAAGACAUCCAGAAGUCUCCACAUCAUGUGCCACAUCCCGGUCUUCUGCUGGAUCACUGCUACAGUUCUGGAGGACCUGAUGAAGACCACAGAAGGGGGAGAACUGCCCAAGACCCUGACUCAGAUGUACAUCCACUUCCUGAUGGUCCAGUUCAAACUGAAGAACAUCAAGUAUGAUGGAGGAGCUGAGACUGAUCCACACUGGAGUCCAGAGAGCAGGAAGAUGAUUGGGUCUCUGGGAAAACUGGCGUUUGAGCAGCUGCAGGAAGGAAACCUGAUCUUCUAUGACUCAGACCUGACUCAGUGUGGACUGGAUAUCAGAGCAGCCUCAGUGUACUCAGGAGUGUUCACACAGAUCUUCAGAGAGGAGAGAGGACUGUACCAGGACAAGGUGUUCUGCUUCAUCCAUCUGAGUGUUCAGGAGUUCCUGGCUGCUCUUCACGUCCACCUGACCUUCACCAACUCUGGAGUCAACCUGAUGGAAGAAGAACAAUCAACAUCAUGGUGGUGGAGGUGGUGGUGGUUUCCUUUCAGAGACAAACCUAAACCAGAUCCUUUGUACCAGAGUGCUGUGGCAAAGGCCUCGCAGAGUCCAAAUGGACACCUGGACUUGUUCCUUCGCUUCCUCGUGGGUUUUUCAGCUCAGACAAAUCAACCUCUUCUUCAGGGUCUGGUGUCAGACUCAGCAAGUACCUCAGAGAUCUAUCAGGAUACAGUCCAGUACAUCAGGAUGAAGAUCAGGGAGGAUCUGUCUCCAGAGAGAAUCCUCAACCUCUUCCACUGUUUGAAUGAACUUCAUGACAGUUAUCUGGUGGAUCACAUCCAACAGUUCCUGAGGUCUGGACAUCUGUAUUCAGCUGAACUGUCUCCUGCUCAGUGGUCAGCCCUGGCCUUCAUCUUACUGUCUUCAGAUGAAGAUCUGGACGUGUUUGACCUAAAGCAAUACUCAGCCUCUGAGGAGGUUCUUCUGAGGCUUCUGCCGGUGGUCAAAGCCUCCAACAAAGCUCUGUGAGUGUGUACAGAUUAUUUCUGACCACAUAAAUGUCAGUAAAUGUUGUUUUUUGUCCAGUGCAGCUACAUUCUUGUUUAAACACACCGAUCAGAAAUAGUUCCUGCCUCUCAAGACUCUUGGUACUUCAUGGCUUGACUAACAGACCAAUUAUAGUCGGCAGAAAUGUGUAAAUUUGGACACUGAAGUGGAUAAUAUUAGUUUUUCUUUCUUCUCCAGGCUGGGCGGAUGUAAUCUGUCAGAGAGAAGCUGUGAAGCUCUGUCCUCAGUCCUCAGGUCCCGCUCCUCUAAUCUGGAAGAGCUGGACCUGAGCAACAAUGACCUCCAGGACUCAGGAGUCCGGUUACUCUCUGCUGGACUGAAAGGACCCCGCUGCAGACUGAAGACUCUGAGGUGAGGAUUCAGCCUUCGUGGCGUAAGACCUUCUCUGUUUUAGGGCUGCAGGGUUGUCACGAUACUAAGAUUUUAAACUCAGUAUUGAUACUCAGAAAAAUACUGGAUACUCGAUACCAGUUUCGACACCGCAGGGAUAAAAAAAUGAGAAAUACUUUAAAAGGCAUAAAAAUAUAUUUCUUAACAUGGUGUGUUUGGAUGUGCUAUCCUGGAGGAGCUGCACCACCUGAGAGACCUCCUCAUGAGGUCCUCCAGGAAGGACGAGGACAGGGAGAUGGUCAGGGUCCAACUGCCUCUCCUGUCCACCUGUUGUCUGUUCAUACUGGUUUUGGGUCCUAACUAGUGCUGGGCGAUAUGGAAAAAAAUGUAUAUCACGAUAUGGAUCAUUUUAUAUCACGAUAACGAUAUAUAUCACGAUAUAGCUAUGGUAUGCUUUCAGUUCUAUGAAAAAAUUAAAGUGUAUACAGCUGCACUAGUACAGUGCCAGUACAAGACCAGCACUUAAAGUAGAAAAAUGAAUAAAUAAAUACGUGGCUGAAGUGCGUUCAUGUCUGUGCUCACCCAAAGUUAUGCAACACUCACAGAAAACGCUGAUAGUGUGAGCCGAAGCACUCCAUAAUAAUAAUAAUAAUAAUAAUAAUAAUAAUAAUAAUAAUAAAUUUAAUAUGUAAUGCACUUUACAUUUACAAAAAAUCUCAAAGUGCUACAGUACACAGUAAAAAAAGAGCAGCAACAAUAAAAAAAAGCAAUAGAAUGACAGUCACAGAUUGGCAUAAAAAAGAAUAAAAGAAUAAAAAAAAUAAAGAAUAUAGAGUUGCAAUGUAAGAGGCAAGGUAGUAAAAGCAUAGAGGAAAGCUAACCAAAGGCUUUAUUAAAAAGGUAGGUCUUUAGGGCUCUUUUGCUGGAUGUUUCUCCUCCAAAGCUGCUCUCUGCCUCCAUCAUUGUUUACUUUACUCUUGAAGCACGUAGCAAGACCCGAGCAUGAAUCCGAGCGCUUUAUUCGCCUAUCAGGGGCAGACAGGUAAGGUGAUUUGAUUCGCCACGACUCCAGAAACGAUUGAAAAACUACAGAAUGUCACAAAAUUACGUUUCCUCGCUGCUGGCUUGAAGGGUAGAAAUGCGCAGCCGCGCUCCCAGCUGACAGGAAGUCAAACCACUGUUGUAGUUCUUUUGUGUUGCUAGCGCGGUCAAGAGUGUUGGCUCUCACUGAGAGAUGACUACAAAAAUGGACGCACCUGUUCAUCUGGUUGUUAAACACGGCUGAAAAUGAUCAUCUUUUCAUGUUGUUCCCGCUCCUGCCCACUCUCCCGUUGCUUUUUUUCCCGUCCCGUCCCGAUCAAGGGAUUAAUUAAAAAAUGACUCCCAUCCCGUAGGAUUCCCGCGGGAAUCACGUGACCCACGGGAAUUCCCGAAAAAUGUCAUCCUCUACAGGGAAGGUCCCGGAUCAGAUGAAACAGGUGCCGGAGCGGCUGAAAUAGGUCCCGGAUACGAUCAAAAGAGGUCCCGGAUCGCGCUCCGACUUGCUCCGGCACAAAUUAAGCACUGCUUACAAUGAUCCCCUCACGUGUGUAACCCAGGUAACCCGCAAUGGCGGGAGACGCUGGACACGAACAGGGCACGUAAAGCGGCGUCAUGUCGCAAAAUCGAAAGAGAAAUGCGAGCCUACAUGUCAACGCAUCCUUUUCUUUGUAAGAAAAUAUUGUUUUCUUUCCCGUUCGACACCAAAUACACUUACUGAAUGUGCAGUUAUUGUUGUUGUUACUAUGAAUCAUCUGAUGGCACAAGCCCUAUGGAUAAAAUACAGCCUAUCGCCCGAAACGAUAAAAAUAAAAAUGGCACGAUAGACAUUUUCUAUCGUGCCCACGAUAUCUAUCGUCCUAUCGCCCAGCACUAGUCCUAACUGGGCAGGUCCAGAUCCUGGCGGUGACUCUGUGAUGAUUGUAUGUUUCCUGAUGAAAUAUCCAAGUGUGUGUUUAUCUGUGUCUCCAGGCUGUCCGGCUGUCUGAUUACAGAGGAAGGCUGCUCUUCUCUGGCCUCAGCUCUGGACUCCAACCCUUCUCAUCUGAGAGAGCUGGACCUGACCUACAACUACCCCGGAGAAACAGGCUUGAAGAGGCUUUCUGCUGGACUCAGUGAUCCGAGAUGGAGACUGGACACCCUCAAGUAUUUACACACAACAACAAAAGCUGUUUCUGUCAGACAGACACCACCUCAGGAUUGUUCUUCACAGAUCAUACUGACACGCUCAGGUCUAAAUCAUGAUAACUUAGGGAUGUGAAUGAACAACAAGCUUCAUUAAGAAAGUACAUCUGAACAUGUAGGGGAGAGCGGGGUCAGAUGAUCCAUCAGAUCAGUCCAUCAGGUCAGUCCUAGUUUAGUCUCUAACUCGUGUCUCUGCAGAUAUUUCAGGAUGUUGUUCAUCCCUGUAAACCAUCAGAAUGAGUGUAAACAGAACUGUCAUCUUCAGAAUAUAGCAGGACAAAAAAAGGGGUCUCCUGUGGUCAACUUACCCCGGGUAUGUUUGGGGUAAGUUGACAAUUUCCAAGCAACGGGGGGGGGCUCAACUUACCCCGCUCUCCUCUACUGAGUAUUAUAAUGUCUCUGCCAUUCUUGAACUUCACUAAUCUUCAUAGUUGAAGAUACAGUACAGGCCAAAAGUUUGGACACACCUUCUCAUUCAAUGCAUUUUCUUUGUUUUCAUUACUAUUUAAAUUGUAGAUUCUCAAAACUAUGAAUGAACACAUGUGGAAUCAUGUGCUUAAGAAAAAAGUGUGAAAUAACUGAAAACAUGUUUUAUAUUUUAGAUUUCUCAAAGUAGCCACCCUUUACUUUUUUGAUAGCGCUGCAAACUUAAGCUGUUCUCUCAAUGAGCUUCAUGAGGUAGUCACCUGAAAUGGUUUUUACUUCACAGGAGUGCCUGAAGUAACCCUGACAAGGAACUACUGUCAUCAAGAGCAAAGGGUGGCUAUUUUAAAGAAACUAGAAUAUAAAACAUGUUUUCGGUUAUUUCACACUUUCUUUAUAAGUACAAAAUUCUACAUGUGUUCAUUCAAAGUUUUAAUGCCUUCAGUGAUAAUCUACAAUGUGAAUAGUCAUAUAAAAAAAUAAGAAAAGACAUUGAAUGAGAAAGUGUGUCCAAACUUUUGGCCUGUACUGUACUUCAUCUUUCAUAGUUGUUCUGAUACUGUAACAUGAGGAUAUUGAACAGGUUGAUAAGAACUCCAUCCACCUGUUUUCUUCACUUACCUGCGGGGUCCAGCAGCAGUGAAGGCAGCUUUAGCAAGUUUGCCUGGAUGUCCUACCUCCAACUGCUUCUAUAAAUACAAAGGCCAGCAGUCUGAUCCUUCCUGAAGUUCUUAGAAAACCUCGGCAGGGGCUGAUUUGGGCUGAACCCGGACAGAGUCCCUUUGGUGACCUCAUCCUCCGUCCCCGAUGGUCAGGGACACACAGUACCUUUAAUAGACUGAGACUCGACUUUUGAAACCCUCGUAAACACGCUGGUCCGACUGAAGCUUGAUUCAGUGCGAUGUCAGUCAGUGCUCCAUCUUCUGUGAAGGUCAUGAUCAGGAAGUCUCUGAGAACUUCUUGUGAGCCUGUUUCUCUGUUUCUUCCUCCAGGGUGGAUCACAAUGAAGAGCAGUGGCUAAAGCCGGGUCUGAAGAAGUGUAAGUAGGAAAAAGAGCUCGAACAUGUUCAGAUCUUUAGAAUUCAAAGUUGGUGAACCUGCAUGAAGCCUCCAAGAAGACCAAAACAGAUGUGUAUCUGACGUCUCCGUCCAAAGAGUCGGUCAGCUGAUGAACAACCAAGUCGAUCAAAGUCAAGAACGUUUUUUGAGGUCUAUGUCGACAUGACGGUCUUCAUUACAGAUGAUAAUGACUUCAAUCCCACAACAAUAUUUAGAUAAAGGCAGAGUGUGGCAGUAUUUACCAGGGCUGCACCAUACUGGGAAAAAACUAACAUUGCUUAUGGGCAUGCUCGAUUUCUUCAACACAUGAAACACAGAGCAACACUCUCAACAGACGGCAGCGCGCAGAAGAAAGACAACGACCUUUCUACUCAAUGAACGCUGUAUGUGCAGUGGUGCAGUGUCGUUUAACAAUCAAUAAUAAUUAUGAAAUACUGCAUGACACGAUAUCACAACAGAUACAAGCGGCUGAAAUGGGUUUCCUCCUCAGGGUGUCCGGGCUCAGCCUUAGAGAUAGGGUAAGGAGCUCGGACACUCGGGAGGAGCUCAGAGGAGAACCGCUGCUCCUCCACGUCCAGAGGAGUCAGCUGAGGUGACUCGGGCAUCUGGUUAGGACGCCUUCUGGACGCCUAGAGAGAGAGAGAGAGAGAGAGAGACUUAUACACAAUACACUAACAACAACAACGACUGCACAUGUGCAGACCUGCCAAGUAGAGUAAAACCAGUUAAAACCAGUUAAAACCAGUUAAAAUCUGUAUAAAAAGUGAAAUGAAUGCAGCAGUUCUAGCAGUGCAGUAUGUUUAUAGAGGUGCUGAGGUGAACAGGUCCUCGACUCAGGUUUUGUUCAACAGUCUGAUAGCUGCUGUUUUAGUGAACAUGUCCAAAUACUUCUAAUCUGAAUAAAACUUAUACACACAUCCUGAUCGGAUUAUUUGAUUUGGCGCCCAUAUAAACCGAGGAUUCGGAUUAUCCGAUCCCUUAAAUUUUUUAUCGGAUGAAGACAUUGUGCUCAUGUAAACGUGGAUAUUAAUCACAUUGGUCCAGUGUGCUAAUUAAACUGGAUUCAAAUCUAACAUGAUAAGAAAAAGUUGGAAAACGGAGGAUAACAACCGUAACGCUUCCUCCAUCUUUAUUCUCCACCAGAUUCCUGUGACCUGGAGCUGGACUCAAACACCGUGAACAGAAACCUCUUACUCUCCGACAAUAACAGGAAGGUGACCAUAGCGACGGAGAAGCAGUCCUAUCCUGAUCACCCGCAGAGAUUUGACUACUGUCAGCAGCUCCUGUGCAAAACUGCUCUGACUGGUCGCUCUUACUGGGAGGUGGAGUGGAGUGGACGGACGUAUAUAUCAGUGGCCUACAGAGAAAUCAAGAGGAAAGGAGGAGACAGCGCUGACUGCAGGUUUGGAGGAAAUCCUCAGUCCUGGACUCUGAGGUGCUCUGAAGAGGACGGUUUCUCUGUCUGGCACGACAACGAACAGACCCGCCUCGACUCCAUCUGCGCUCUCUCUCACAGAGUCGCCGUGUAUCUGGACCAUCCCGCCGGCUCUCUGUCCUUCUACAGAGUCUCCUCCAGAACACUGACCCACCUCCACACCUUCACCGCCACCUUCACCAAGCCUCUCUACCCUGGGUUUAAGUUGUGGGCUGAUUCCUCAGUGUCUCUGCUCACUCUGUAG